CUCUGACACACGCACACGCGUUCAAAGUUCAAACACCAAAAAUGGCUGAUGCCGGCACACCGCUAAGCAAGAAGUGAUGUCCUUGAGACCAGUGUGCCAGCGCCUGCUACGGUACAGCCGUCUGCUCCCAUGGCAGACGAGUGUCUGUCCGUCGGCUAUCUCAAGUCGCGUUUGUACUGUGGGACUGGCAUCUCGGGCUUCGAGCGAACUCAAGCGGAGGCAGAAGGCAGAGCAGAAGGCCAAAGAAAAAGCAGAGAAGGAGAAACUGAAGAGGGAGCAAGAGUCUGAGAAGGCAUCUGCCGGAGGGCCAAAGCCCGAGUCAGCUGCAGCCCAGGAUGAAGAAACCAUGGAUCCCAAUGAGUUCUUUCGGCUGCGAUCAGCGGCUGUGGCCCAGCUCAAGGAGGCCGGGGAUCACCCGUACCCUCACAAGUUCCAUGUGUCGACGUCUCUGACCGAGUUUGUGAAACUCUACGAGGGGCUCGAGGCAGGCCAGGUGUUGACAGACGUCCGGCUGUCCGUGUCUGGAAGAGUUCACGCCAAGCGUGAAUCUGGGACCAAGCUCAUCUUUUACGACCUUCGCGGCGAAGGAACCAAGAUCCAGGUCAUGGCCAACGCCUCGUAUUAUAGCUCGGAGGAAGCGUUUGUGAAGAUGAAUGCCAAACUGAGAAGAGGAGACAUCCUUGGCUGCAUUGGACAACCAGGCAAGACGAAAAAGGGAGAGCUGAGCAUUGUCCCAGUGGAAAUGGUUUUGCUGGCCCCUUGUCUUCACAUGCUUCCACACCUUCACUUUGGUCUCAAGGACAAGGAAACUCGGUUCAGGCAGCGCUACCUGGACUUGAUCAUGAACGAGAACGUUCGACAGAAAUUCAUUAUGCGCUCCAAGGUGGUAAACUAUGUCCGCAAGUUCUUCGACUCCAUGGGGUUCCUUGAGGUGGAGACUCCCAUGAUGAACAUGAUUCCUGGUGGCGCCACUGCGAAGCCGUUCAUCACGCACCAUAACGAGUUGGACAUGGACCUUUACAUGCGGGUUGCACCUGAGCUCUACCUGAAGAUGCUGGUGGUCGGUGGCAUGGAUCGGGUCUACGAGAUUGGACGCCAGUUCCGCAACGAGGGCAUUGACCUGACGCACAAUCCUGAGUUCACCACCUGCGAGUUCUACAUGGCCUACGCCGACUACAACGACUUGAUGGACAUGACCGAGGUCAUGCUUUCCGGAAUGGUGAAGUCCCUGACAGGAUCGUACAAGGUGACCUACCAUCCGGACGGCCCUGACGGUGAGGCUGUCGAGAUCGACUUCACUCCUCCGUUCCGGCGGGUGCGGAUGCUUCCCGACCUCGAGAAGGCCCUGGGGACCCCGCUGCCUUCGCCGGAAAACCUGAGCUCUCCAGAGUCUACGUCCCUCCUGUCGGAACUUUGCGUGAAGCACCAGGUGGAGUGUACCCCGCCGCGCACGCCAGCCCGGCUACUGGACAAGCUGGUGGGCCAUUUCCUGGAGGAGCAGUUUGUGAACCCGACGUUCCUGUGCGACCACCCGGAAGUGAUGAGCCCGCUGUCCAAGUGGCACCGGUCCGUUAAGGGCCUCACGGAGCGCUUUGAGCUCUUCAUUGCCCGCAAGGAGGUGGUCAAUGCAUACACGGAACUGAACGACCCCCUGGUGCAGAGGCAGCGCUUUGAGCAGCAGGCCAAGGACAAAGCGGCUGGUGAUGAUGAAGCUCAGUUGGUGGACGAGACAUUCUGCACGUCUCUGGAGUAUGGCCUGCCUCCAACAGCUGGCUGGGGCAUGGGCCUCGAUCGCCUGGUCAUGUUCCUCACCGACUCCAACAACAUCAAGGAGGUGCUGCUUUUCCCUGCAAUGAAACCAGAUGACCCCAACAAGCAUCGUCAUGAGGAAGGAGCAGAGCACAAUGACUCUCAGAAAUAAUUGAAGGCCGUGUAAUGUGCCAGCGGGGCUACCGUAUUUACUCGAGUAAUAGCCACACUGUUUAUGGAGAAAACCUAAGGGUCCGCUUUUCCGCGGAGCACGCAGAUUGCCAAUCACCGCGAUCGACACCAUGAUUCCAGCUGUUUACAGGACAGAGAUAACAUCUUCGUGCAAAGAUACCAUCUGUGAAAAUCGCAUUUGUAUGGAGAAUCGUGUUCUCGAUCUGGUGAUUCGCUAUGUUAUUUAUGCGCAACGCAAUGAUUGGCUGUAUACGUGUUCUGUUGGAAAGUAGGCGGAAGGGUCUUGUUCAUAAAUAGUGCGGCUAUCACUUGAGUAAAUAUGGUAUUGACCAACAUGCUAGCACCUCAUGCCACACAACUUUAACUUAUCGUCUUCGUUUUGUGAAGAGCUUUCUUCAAGCUCAUAGCUCAUAAUUUUAUUUCCUGAUGUGGGGGCCAUGAUUCUGCACAGGUUUGAACUGUGUGUUCAAUCCUGGCACCUCGGUCUUCCAGAAGCAGCCAGGCUGGCUGCUUUUGAUGAAACGAAAAACUGGGCAUAUCCCUGGUUUGUAAACUUUGCUACCCUCGUUGCAGAAUAUACAAUCUGAAAUUAAAGUGUGUGAACUUUCUCA